UGAUGGCGAGGAAGUGAUGACCCAUGGACAUAUACAUGUCUAUCUCUAGAAUGCAUAUGCAUCGCGCGGUGUAUCUCAGGCAUGAUGUGUCUCAACCAUCGGUCUGGUUCUUCUGUCUAUCCCAGCACUUGCGGCGCCUCCCUCCCUCCCUCCGUCACUUCUCCCCCGCCCAUGAAUGAAUCAACACAAGACGUCACCGUCAUGGAUAUGCACACAAUGCAACACCGACCAGCAGCCAGGCACCCUCUCCAGACAGACAGCCGUAAUGUACACGACAGACAGACAGACACCACACACGAGUCAUGAUUCUGCGUGCAUGGAUGCCCUCCCUCCCUCCCUCCCUCCCUCUAUCAUCUGUGACUCAAUGGUUGGUGUUAGGUCAGGUCACUUUUCGCUUCUUGCUCCGCGUCACGUAUGUCGGCUCAGCCGCAACGGGCACAGCGGCAGCAGCAGGGACAGAAAUCGGCUGGUCGGCGGGAUUGUCGGGCGCCACAGCCCCGACCGCCGCAGUCACCCUCGGCCGCUUCUUGCCGUCGCCCGCCUCAUGGUUCCUCUUUCGCCCCUUGGCGCCUCGCUGCCCUCCCUCGUGCAGCUCAGUGUCCGCCGCCCUCUUGUUGUUGGUCUUCUUGUUGUUCUCUGUCUUGCGGGCUUUCUUGGGUGCGCAGCCCUCCUGCUUCUGACUGGUCGGGGGGUCGUUGGCAGUCAGCAUCGAUCGCUUCUUGUCCCGCUUUUGCUGCUCCUGCGGCAGUCCGAGCCCUGGCGCCCGGCGCCUUGUGUGCAUGAGCAGCUUCUCCUUGUGCUGGGCGACGGCCCGCUGGGCGGCGUCGAGGAGGAAACCGAAGGGCAGAGUGGCGAUAUCAGGAGCACCCAUGGUGGUCGGGUUGAAGGCCUCACACACCGCCUUCGGCUGCACAAUCAUACGUACAAGAGAGGCACAGAAAUGCAAUCAUGGAUCGACGGAUGGAUUGGGGAUGUUUCUUCCGCCCACCAGGGAGUGGGUGUUGAUGCGCGCCAGGGCCCGUGCGAUCGUGAGACGCGCCAGAUGCUUGACAGCCACGUCUCUCGUGCUCACGGUCGGUGGCUGCUCAGUCAACUCGUACAGAAGGGGCCUGCAUGGAUUGCACACAAAGCAACCGCAUGCACAAUGGAUGGAUGGAUGGAUUCAUGUGCUGCAUGACUGAGUACAUGUUCUUGAGUGUGUUCUUGACGGCGUGUGAGAGCUGGUUGGCGAUCUUGGUGCGAUGCCUGACGCCGUUGAGAGUACUGAUCCCCCACUGGUCGACUUGGUCACUGUUCAUGGGGGCCGAGGCGAACAGCUGCACACAAGACACAGACACGACACGCACACAAUGAAACUGAGCUCCCCAAAGAGACAGACGUACCACGCAGAUGUACUUACGUGUUUGAAUCUGAGGAAACUUUCGCUGCCGAUCUCGCCGCCGCAGAUGUCGAGCAGCGACUGCACACGGAGGCCGUCGGCCUCGGCUGCCCCCACGGCGGCCUCGCACACCACGCGCACCGGAUCGUGGUGACACCCAGCACCGCCCUCGGCAUGCGCGAAAUACGCCUGCAGGCAUUCAAAGACAGUGCGGUGUGGGCCGUGUGUGUGUGAGUGAGUGAGUGAUUGUGUGCGUACCUGGACGAGCGAAUUCAGUUUGUCUUGUUGCGCCUGUGUGCCGGUCUCCUUGGUGGACAGGUACAAGGCCAUGAAGGCCGCCUCCAACUUGGCAACACUAUUCCUGAUCGAUACACACACAUGGACAUGGAUGGACGCCACACACAGAGAGAGAGAGAAGAACACUUACAAGCCCGUCCACUCACCCACCAUCCCACCCCUGUCUGUGUAUCUGCCUGCCUGCCGCUCACUCACUUGAGUGUCUCAUACUGCUUCUGUAGGGUAGCCUCCACAGCCGCCCUGAUGCCCUCAAAUGCAUGCUCACGACCAUCCUCCUGGUGCUCGCCUCCCCUCAUGACAACCACCACGCCCCACGCCUGCCAAUCGCACCUGCCCACCGUGAAGCCCUCGCCAUUCGCCGCCUUGGCCAGCUCCUUUGACAGCUCCCGUGGGUUUUUGCCCGUAGCGGUGACGGCAUUCACCGCCCGCACACUCCACACACCAUAGGUAUGCUGCGUGGCGCUGGCCAUGAAGGACCGCAUGAAGUCGGAUUUCUCGCACACGGCGUCCUUGGUGGUCCGAACGAAGCGCAGCUUGUAUGUGAGGGGCACGUUGGGGUAGAUGCGAGUGGUGCUGGUGGUGGGUGGGUCGUCUUGCUGCUGCUGGUGCUGGUGCUGUAUCGUGUGGUCGAGCAUGCGGAAGAAGGUCGUAACAUCACCGGGUGCCUGGGCCUUGAGGGCCGCCAUGGCGUCAGUCAACGGCAGACUGACGGCCACUACACGACCACCACCACCAUGGGCACUCUCAGGCUGCUGGUCCGAUCGGCUGACGUGUGUGGGUGUGUGGCUGCUGGUCUUGGUGUGGAUGCGGUCGUCCAUGAGUGUGCAGGCCAGGCGGGUGGCCGCCGAGGGGUCCACCAACGGGACGCUCGCGUUGCGGUGCAUCACGAGAAGGUCCUCGGGACGCACAAAGACAUGAGAAUGGCCGCGGUGGCCAUCAGCACCUGACAGACAGACAGGCAGGCAGAGAGAAGGAUACAUACUGUGAACGUGUGUCGGUCGGUCGUGCUGUGCGCCCCGCGUCCAUGUGUGUGUACGCACCGUUGUCGUGCGGCUGUCCGCCUGUGCAUUUGGUGUCCUUGACGUAGUUCUCGAUCGACUGGGGGAUGGUCAGGUGGAUGACCCCAUCCACGCGCGGCGCGUGGCCUGCGUGGACGAGGUCAACGCCACUCGUCGCAACCAACACGCGAACCUUCCCUACACAUACAUAGACACAACACAACACAACACAUGUGCGCAUGUCUGGCCAUAUCUGUGUGCUGUGUGUGUGUGGAUUGAUGCCCAUAGCCCACUCAGUCCCUCACCUGUCAUGAAUCGGUCCAUCACGGCGGCCAGCUGUCCCCUCGUGCGGCCUGAGUGAUAGGUUUCCACCUCCCCAAACAAACCUGCACACAUCACAACACGCACACGUGCACGUGUCAUCCAUCCAACCACCCGCCUGUCUCUCUGAGUGUUGUUUGUGUGCGUCCUAGCGUACGUGUUUUCAUCAGAAAAUCUGCAAGCAUCUCAGCGUCCGACUGCCGCCACGCAAAGACGACGAUGGUCUUCAUGGCCGCCCAGGGCUGUUUCCUGAGCAGCGACUUGACCUCACGGACACGGUGGAAGUCCCAACGGUGCUCGCUGUACGUUACGCCAAAGACGCCAUCGUCAUUGGAGCCAGCUGGACAGACAGCACAGGGAGGAAAGGAGUUGAGGGCUUAUUGUUCAGAUGUCUGUCGGUCUGUCUGCCUGUCUGGCGUCUGGCGUGUCUGUCCGUUGUGGUUGUGUACAGCGCCUGUGUACCUUGUUCGUCUUUGAUACUGUGGCCUGUGGGGGUGUACAACGGCAUGCGAUCCUCUCGGCCGUUGGCAGACCCAGACACCUGCAGGCAGACACAGAGUGACGAUGCCCAAAGAUGGAGGGACGCACAGCGACAAAAUGUGUGUGAGAGAUGAAUCCUCACUCACUUGAGGUUCGUGGACGUCUAUUUUGCCCACGGUCUUCCUGUUCUGCUCUCGUCCUGCACGACUGGCACCGUCCUUGGGAUCGAAAUGGUCCACCCUCUUGUCGGUGCCAUUGCGCCGGCCAGUGCCGCCCUGCCGCUGCUUGACAGGGGAGGGCAACGUCAGCGGCAAAAACGGGUUGUGGAGAGGCGGUAGCGAGGGCGGCGCGUUGCGGAGGCCCGGGCCCUGCUGUCGGCCACUCGGCAGCGCCAGUGACGGUGACGCGACGGGAAGGGGCGACAGAUGGUGCAACGCCCUCUGCUGGUGGUUGUAGGUGUGGCGGCGGUUGAUGGGUGAGCGACGGCGACCGGAUUGGGUACCGGCAGGUGAGGCCACAGCACCGCCGCGAUGGCGCUGUCCCGUCCGGUUGGCGCCACACUGCAGCCGGGUGGACGUUGCGUGACGGGCGGGGAGGGUGACGAGCGAUGGACGGCUGGCUCAGCUGCAGGCGUGACAAGGGUCCUGAGGGCCGGGGCGGCUCCGGCGAGUCCGACAUGAUUGCUGAAGACGGAGGAACACUGACCAACUCAGACCUGCACACACAGACGCACAGCCAUCCGUCACAGAGGUCAGAUUAUCGCUGCAUGCGAACAUGCAGGGCCUGGCAGUGCCCGUGUUCAUCCACAUGGCAUUUUGUCCCACCCGCGGCUUCCUCCCUCGUCUCAGCUUCGCUUACUUGAACUAUUGUGACAAACCGCGGUCUCUAUGACGUCAGGCAGUGGCGUUCGCCUCUGCAAAAGGCGUGGAGAGCCAUUUUUCC